AUGAUACAUGGGCCAUGUGGACCAUUGAAUCCUAUUUCACCAUGUAUGAAAAACGGUAAAUGUUCAUAUAAUUAUCCCCGUGCUUUAAUUGAUGCUACAAGAUCAGAUAGAAAUGGAUAUCCUUUGUAUAGAAGAAAAAGUGUAGUAAAUGGUGGUUUUCAGACUACUAUUAAUGCUAAAAUUCAUAAUAAAUAUGAAAAAAUAAAUAUCGAUAAUCGUUGGAUUGUCCCUUACUGUCCACUUAUUUCUAAAAUAAUGGAAGCACAUGUUAAUGUCGAAUUAUGCAGCUCGGUCGUUGCGGAACUUGUAAAGCAUAUGAAUCAAUUUAUUGAUACAGUAUGUUCUCCUGAACAGGCAAUAUAUUAUCCGAUGGAGUUUUUAAAUGCAUUGGAACUGUCUGAAUUACCGUCCCAUAUAUUAACAUUGAAAAUUGGAGCACCGAUAAUGAUUUUAAGAAAUAUUAAUCCACCUAAAUUAUGUAAUGGAACUCGGUUAUGUAUAAAGUCAUUGAACAAUAAUACAAUUGAAGGUAGAAUAUUGACUGGAUGUGGAAAAGGUGAAGAUGUUUUUGUUCCAAGAAAUAAAUAUAUAUAA